AUGAGCAGUGAUUAUGAGCCGCUUGAAGUGAUUGGCAAAGGCUCGUAUGGGACCGUACGCAAGGUUCGCAAUAAGCUAGACAAUUCCAUUCUUGUUCGCAAAGAGAUUGAGUACAAGUCUAUGAAUUCUCAAGAAAGAAACCAAAUCAUAUCAGAACUACGCAUAUUGAAGGAAUUGAAUCAUAGAAACAUUGUGAGAUACUACAAACAUGAUCAUAUAAUCAACUCCAAAACUAUUCAUAUAUACAUGGAGUACUGUUCAGGGGGUGAUUUAUCUCAAUUAAUCAAGGAUUUCAAAAACAAUAAAGAAAAUGUACCCGAGGAGUUUAUAUGGCAAGUCUUGGUACAAACCUUGUCAGCAUUGUAUAGAUGCCAUUAUGGAUCAGACGCUCCAAAAGUGGACUUGUUCAAUAGCUCUUCGCAUGAUGGUAUCGAUAUGCCUCAGAUCAACUCAGAUUCAGUAAUUAUUCAUCGUGAUAUCAAGCCAGACAAUAUCUUUCUCGAGCACGGUGUGCUCAAGGUUGGUGAUUUCGGAUUGGCAAAGAUGUUGACUACGUCCAAUGACUUUGCCAAAACUUAUGUCGGAACUCCGUACUAUAUGUCUCCCGAGGUGUUAAUGGAUGAACCCUACCUGCCAGUUUGUGAUGUCUGGUCUCUAGGUUGUGUCUUGUACGAAUUGUGUAAUCAACAACCGCCAUUCCAGGCAAAGACUCAUUUACAACUUCAAGCAAAAAUUAAACGCGGGACGUUUCCACCAAUAUCAGAUUUUUACUCUGUGCAAUUGCGAUCCAUCAUUAGAGAAUGCAUAACGGUCGACCCGGACCUUCGUCCUACAUGUUAUGACUUGAUAAACUCAUUGAGCAUAAAGUUUUUACGUAAAGAGAUGGAGUUGAAAGAGUACAAUCAAACUCUAAACACGUUGAAAUAUGAACUAAUUAACAAAAGCGAAGAGUUGAAAAAGAAAGAUCAAUUUAUACAAUUACGAGAAAACAGAUGCAAAGAAAAGGAGUUGAAAUUGAGUGAACGUGAAAAAAAAAUUAACGAUAAAGAGAGCCAGUUGGAUAAAGUAGAGGAUACCAUGAUUGAAGAAUUCAAUCUUAAAAAGCAAGCACUUGAUUUAGAAGCAAAAGAGGUACGUUUAGCAUACCAAAAGGAGUUCUGGACAGUUGUUGAAAAAGAAGUGAAUGAUCGUUUGAAAUCAAGACCUCGAGGACCAAGAGAUUUUGAAGAUUUGAACAUUCUACGAAUGAAGAAUCUUAACACCACCGAAACUCCAAAGUUUCGAGUUACUGACGAAUACGAACGACAAAAAAAUAUGGAAAUACGAAAAUACCGUAUAAAUUAG